AUGGGAGUAGGGUUGGACUGAAGUCAGGAAAUUAGGUGGGAGGGCAGGGGUUGAGUGUAUGAAGUGUGCCACAGGAACUAAGCUCAGGGGACCAGGAAGAUCAUGCCAUAGCAUGUAAGGAGCACAUUCUGCCAAUAGCAAAUUGGGCAGCUAGCAGGAAACAAGCAACUUGAAAGAGCUGGGAUGCGGGGAUUGGACCCCUGGGGCAUGAAGACAAGUGCUCAGCUGUUCUGUUCCUGGCUGUUUGGGCAGGACCCUUCCAAGGCAGAGUCAUGGCAGCAGCGGCAGCCUCUCACUUGAACCUGGACGCCCUCCGGGAGGUGCUGGAAUGCCCCAUCUGCAUGGAGUCCUUCUCUGAGGAGCAGCUGCGGCCCAAGCUGCUGCACUGUGGCCACACCAUCUGCCGCCAGUGUCUGGAGAAGCUGCUGGCCAGCAGCAUUAAUGGCGUCCGCUGUCCCUUUUGCAGCAAGAUCACCCGCAUCACCAGCCUGACCCAGCUGACGGACAACCUCACAGUACUGAAGAUCAUCGACACAGCCGGACUCAGUGAGGCCGUGGGGCUGCUCAUGUGCCGGGCGUGUGGGCGGCGGCUGCCCCGGCAGUUCUGCCAGACCUGCGGUGUGGUGCUGUGCGAGGCUUGCCGCGAGGCUGACCACCAGCCCCCCGGCCACUGCACGCUCCUUGUGAAGGAGGCAGCCGAGGAGCGGCGCCGGGACUUUGGCGAGAAGUUGACCCGCUUGCGGGAGCUGAUGGGGGAGCUGCAGCGGCGGAAGGUCGCCUUGGAAGGUGUCUCCAAGGACCUGCAGGCGAGGUAUAAAGCGGUUCUCCAGGAGUACGGGCACGAGGAGCGCAGAGUCCAGGAGGAGCUGGCCCGCUCCCGGAAGUUCUUCACAGGCUCCUUGGCCGAGGUCGAGAAGUCCAACAGUCAAGUGGUGGAGGAGCAGAGUUACCUGCUGAACAUUGCCGAAGUGCAGGCCGUGUCUCGCUGUGACUACUUCCUGGCCAAGAUCAAGCAGGCCGACGUGGCCCUGCUGGAGGAAACAGCUGACGAGGAGGAGCCAGAGCUCACUGCCAACCUGCCCCGGGAGCUUACCCUGCAGGACGUGGAGCUCCUCAAGGUAGGCCAUGUCGGCCCCCUCCAAAUUGGGCAGGCUGUGAAGAAGCCCCGCACAGUCAACAUGGAGGAUUCCUGGGCCAUGGAGGCUGCGGCCUCUGCGGCCUCCCCCUCGGUUACAUUCCGUGAGAUGGACAUGAGCCCCGAGGAGGUGGUGACCAGCCCACGGUCCUCCCCUGCUAAGCAGCGGGGCCCCGAGACGGCCUCCGGGAUCCAGCAGUGUCUCUUUCUCAAGAAGAUGGGCGCCAAAGGCAACACACCAGGCAUGUUCAACCUUCCCGUCAGCCUCUACGUGACCAGCCAAGGAGAGGUGCUGGUUGCUGACCGAGGCAACUACCGUAUACAGGUCUUCACCCGCAAGGGCUUCCUGAAGGAGAUCCGUCGCAGCCCCAGCGGCAUCGACAGCUUCGUGCUGAGUUUCCUUGGGGCCGAUCUGCCCAAUCUCACGCCUCUCUCGGUGGCCAUGAACUGCCACGGGCUGAUUGGUGUGACCGACAGCUAUGACAACUCCCUGAAGGUAUACACUUUGGAUGGCCACUGCGUAGCCUGUCACCGGAGCCAGCUGAGCAAGCCCUGGGGCAUCACGGCCCUGCCGUCGGGCCAGUUUGUGGUGACUGAUGUGGAAGGCGGGAAGCUCUGGUGCUUCACUGUCGACCGAGGAGCCGGGGUCGUCAAGUACAGCUGCCUGUGCAGUGCGGUGCGGCCCAAGUUCGUCACCUGUGAUGCCGAGGGCACCGUCUACUUCACCCAGGGCCUGGGCCUCAACCUGGAGAACCGGCAGAACGAGCACCACCUCGAGGGCGGCUUCUCCAUCGGCUCUGUGGGCCCUGAUGGGCAGCUCGGCCGCCAGAUCAGCCACUUCUUCUCGGAGAACGAGGAUUUCCGCUGUAUUGCUGGCAUGUGUGUGGACGCCCGCGGGGACCUCAUUGUGGCCGACAGUAGCCGCAAGGAAAUUCUCCACUUUCCCAAGGGUGGGGGCUACAGUGUCCUUAUCCGAGAGGGCCUCACCUGUCCAGUGGGCAUUGCCCUCACUCCGAAGGGGCAGCUGCUGGUCUUGGACUGUUGGGACCACUGCAUCAAGAUCUACAGCUACCACCUGCGGAGAUACUCAACGCCAUAGCAGAGAAACAGCGCAGCCAGCUUCCCUCCCUUGUGCUGGGUGGUGGUUGGUGGUGUAGAGUAGGCGCAGUGUGUACCCUGAUCCCAGCUGCUUGGUCCUAGAGUUUUAGAAGCACUGCCUUUUCCUGUUCUUCCUCCUUGUGUUGACAGAUGCAUUUUCCCACUGGGACACACAACUUGGUUAGCUGAAAUUCCAUUAGAUGUCGAGCACCUCUGAAGCUUCCAUAGGGAGAGCCACUUUGGCCUUUUUUAUAGAUAGAGAUGUUCCCGAGUGUUGAUCCCUUGCUGUUGUCCCUCUCUUUUGGCUUGAUGUCUCUGACCUGUUCCCUGCUUCUUACAACUUGCUUCACCUUUGAUAUACCCGCACCCCCCACCCCCAGCCUGCACUCCCUGUGCAUGCCCCAGUGGAAUCCUCUCCACUGACAUUUCAGGCACCAUUCCCCUUGGCGUGGUGCCUCUGGUCUGAUCACCUUAGCCAGUGUGAACGCUCGAUCACACAGUGCCGCCAUGUGAGAUCAACAGCCCUUGAGGGAAGGAAGCAAUGCUGCUUGGCUGGGGGAUUCGGGCCACCUGGAUUGUCCUAAUUGUAGAUGUGCCAGAAAACAGACUGACCCUAGUUGGUUAACGCUUAAGGCUUCUGCUGGGAAAGAGCUUGCCUUGUAAAGGAGCGUGGGGAUUGGAAUUAGGUCAAAGAUCAGAAAAAUGGGAGUAAGCAAACAUGAACGUGAAUGUAGUCAGUGAACCCUCUCGGGGGGAGGGGGGGUGUCUCUGGGCACAUCCUUUUCAUACUACCUCUCUCCACUGACCUGUGCUAAGACUGUACAUACAGAUCAGGGCCAGCAGCGUGGGGCAGUGGACACAUCUCAUUUUCAGUACUAAAGCCAACAGAACAAAGCAGUUGGGCUUCACUCUGUAUUUUCUCCAAGUGAGUAUAUUUGCGGUUGAGGGUGGGGUGCUAUUUCCAUUCUCCUUCACAUUAAAGAAUUGAUGACUUUCUUCUCAA